CUUGUGACGUAGAUAUCUCUGCUAGGCAAGGCUUAGACGGCUUAGUGGUCAGUCAGUGGUCAUCGUAGGCCUACGGUGCCGUGUUGUUUUGUUGUACCUUGCGCUUACUGUGCCCUUAUCAACCGAGAGGGCCUGGCCUUUUGUUUUUUAGUUGCAAGACUUUCUCGUUGGCUUGGGUUCCAUUUGUAAAAAUUGCAACGUCAUCUGUCAUCGAGCAAUGGGAAGUGUUAAAGUGAGUGUACGAGGCUGCCGACCUCAGCUGUUGUUCCCUGUUCUUCUUCUUUGGGCCCUUGCAGCUCAUGCAGAAGACGUUCUAUAUGAUGAUAAUUUUGAGCCUGAUAGUUCCAAGUUCAAGCUGGUAGUGGAUGAAGCAAAGGCUCCAAGGUACCUGCUGUAUGAUGUGAACCCAGGGGAAGGAUUCAAUCUUCGUCGAGAUGUUUAUAUGAGAAUAGCCGUGCUGGUACGCAAUCUCAAUGAGGACUCUCCCUGGAUAUUGGUUUUACCUCCGUGGGGCAGGAUGUACCACUGGAAAUCCAAAGAUGUCGGGCAACAAAUUCGCAUCCCCUGGUCAACUUUCUUUGAUUUAGAGAGUCUGAGAAGAUUUGUUCCUGUCAUGGAAUUUGCAGAUUUCUUAAAGAUUUCUCCCAGCAAAGAGAUUAACGAAGUCUACUAUCUCCAGAACUACAAAGAAGGCUGGGACAAGUGGGAAGAGAAGAUGGAUAAAAGGCCUUGCAUUUUUAACCCAUAUUACUUUGACUCUGAGCAGGACAGGUGGCAUGGCUGGUUUUUCGGCUAUGAGGAAGAGGUUUGGACAAAGAAGUUGGAGUGUUUGUCCGUGAUGGGCCAUGCUAGUUUCCUCAAGCCUUUCCUAACCCAGAACCGCACGGCCAGGUCUAUAAUGCUGGACAGAGCAGAAAUCGUGCUUCAUGAUCGCUAUGGGGACUCGGUAUUCUGGCAAGCACGGCGCAGUAUGAGGUUUGCUCAACAGUUGCGUGACAUUGCAGAUGAUUUCCGCAGAGAAUUUUUGGACUCCACUGAUGAGAAAGACGAGACGGUGCUUGAUGAUGACUGGACACAGAUGAAAAGAAAUCAUGGGGAUGCCAAAGGAGGGCCCUAUCUCUCUGUUCACUUGAGACGAGAAGACUUUGUGAGAUCACGCAGGAAGGACAUCCCUUCUCUGGAGCAUGCAGCGAAGCAGAUUAAGAAGUUGAUGACGAAGCUAAAGCUUAAGAGGGUCUUUAUUGCCACAGAUGCGCCACAAAACGAGUUUGGCGAACUGAAAAGUUACCUCGAGGAGUACCAAGUAUACAGGUUUACCCCUACUCCUGAGGUCAAGAGCAAGUACAAAGAUGGUGGAGUGGCCAUAAUUGACCAGUGGAUCUGUGCCCAUGCCAAGUACUUUGUGGGCUCAAGGGAAUCGACGUUUUCAUUCCGUAUUCAGGAUGAAAGAGAAAUUCUUGGCUUUGAUCCAGAAAAAACUUUUAAUCGCUUAUGCAAUGAAGAGGAUAAGGAGUGUGAGCAGCCAGCAAAAUGGAAAAUUGUUUAUUAAUUAGACUCCCGUUUUUCAUUUUAAGUUGACUGACUCUAAAUAUUGCUUUUAUGUAAAACUUAUUGUUAUGACAACAUUUGCCCGGGUAAGGAAAGACUAAACAUCUUUCCAAAAAUGCACCUGGCCAUCACUAAGUAAAGAACUCAUGUAUAUCUUUAUGCACAUUAGGAAAGAAAAAGUUAAGAUUAUCCUUUGUAUGUAUUUAGCUGCCACAAAGGACAUUCCCCUGCCCCCUAGAAAAAAAAAAA